AUGGCCUCAAACCUCUUCUCCGUUUCUACGGAGGGCUCGCUCAUCAACUCCGCCGCCUUCUGGUCCAUCUCCGCCAUCCUCCUCGCCCUACUCGCAUGGAACCUCUUCAAAGUCCCUUCAUCACUUUACCGCCCGUCCUCCGUAAAACCCUACCGUUCCACUCUCCCCGCACUCGGCCCUAUCCAGUUGUACUCCGAACGCAACACAUUCCUUCGCACCGUCUUUGGUAAUCCUGAAGAAUGGAACAUCAAUCCUCCCAAGCAAAACUCGGUCCGAGUUAACGCCCGCCGCCACAUCAUGACCAUCACCAACAAUCCGCUCCAAGAUGGCAAGACAUUUUUCAACGAUAGGGGCCUAGAUUUCAACACGGCGUAUGAGGUAAUGUUUGCUGGUAUUCCCGAGCUUCCUUCCUGGUUAGCUAAAACGCCUCCUGCUGAAGAUGCUGGGUCGGAAGGGUUCGUUUCGAACCUCCGCCAAUCGUUGAGCAGUGCACGAUUGCAAAGUAAUCUGCCCGAGAUGGUGAAAGCAGCUGUGGAUGUGUUUAAAGCGAUGCCUGCGAGUAAUGGAGAGAUUGAUAUUCACCAGACGAUUUAUCCUCUUGUGUUUCAGAUUUCCGUGUUGUUCGUAGGGAUGGCGGAACAUGCGAGGGAUAUCAAUACGGUUAAGGCCAUGGAAGCUCCGUUUUGGUCGUUUGCUGAUAACACUGGUUACAUGGCCACCCACUUCCCCCUCCUACCUGUUCCGAGCACGGUAAGGAAGUGGAUCGGUGCGAUCAAAAUGUCCACCGCCAUCCGAACUACGUUGGAAACUCGAAAGAAAGAGGGAAGGAGAGAGAAGGAUUAUAUUCAAGAAAUGAUCGAUCGAGGUUGUUCUCCUAAGGCGAUUGAAGAUUUUAUUAUGGGAGGAUUGUUCGCUGCGAUAAUUAACACUACCGGCGUUGCUUCCUGGUUGCUUGUCUUCCUUUGCGCUCAGCCGGAGUUGAGGGAUAGAGUUCGAGCUGAAUUCGACGGGGUGUUCCGCAAAGCAGCAGAAGAGCGUGGUGAAGACUACGACUCUCUUACUCUUCAAGAAAAACUCGAACGCACCCCACUUGAAAACUGGGAAGGAGACCUACCAUUAUACGAAACAGUCGUCGACGAAACCCUUCGCAUCCUGAUGAUUUCCCUCGUUUUCCGCCGCAAGCUCAAAACCCCUUCAAAGGUUACCCAUGGCGAAACGAAGAUUAGCGAGGAUAACAUCCAGGAUCGUGAAUUUAUCGCUUUCUGGCUCGGCUCAGCCCACAGAAACGCAAACAUCUACUCUGACCCUCUCACGUUCGAUCCAUCCAGAUUCGAAAGAGGAGAAGGAAAGGGAGAGGGCGAGUUCGUUCCCUGGGGUGCAGGAAGACACGUAUGUUUAGGCAUGAGGUUCGCGAAAUUGGAAAUCAGGACGGUUCAUGCGGCCUUCUUGGUGGCUUUCCCGGACACAAGGACUACGGAUGGAAAGGGGACGGCGUACGGAAAGGAAAACGUACCUUAUCCUGAUCAGGAGAGCGAACAUAGAAGGUAUCCGACCAAACCUACUUCUUUGUCUUACAAGACGAAUACGCUGGCGAAGUAG